AUGCGUCAAAUUGAACAGACGGCACAUCAUCAAGAAGACAGUACCUCCAAUUCUGGAGACGAAGAAAACACAGAACUGGUUAACCAACUCUCUGCUCGCCUGGGCUCGCUCCGUUUGGCCCCCGAUGGCAAGCUACGAUAUUUUGGUACCGCAUCGAAUCUGCAUCUGAUAGACAAUCAGAACAAGUCUGGCGAGAAUUUCAUGCUCCAUACACCUUCAAGGGUCAACAUCCAGCGUCUACUCGAGGUCGCCGACCUUAGCCAAGAGGUAGAUAUACAGCUCGAGGAUCACCUUUUACGGUUGUUCUUCACUUGGCACAAUCCCAGCAGUUAUAUAGUGGACGAGGAAGUCUUCUAUAUGGCUAGACAAAGUUGGUUCAAUACGGGAGUUCAGAACAGCUAUUAUAACGAUGUUCUGAAGGAUGCGAUGUGUGCCAUAGGUGCUUCCUUUGGGAGCCAUGCCAACAUGUCACUCAUUACUUACCCUAGGUCAAUGCCUCAAUUCUUUUCGGAUCGAGCAAAGAUCCUCCUCGACUCUCACCUCGAUAGCCCAUGUGUAGCCACAGCUCAAGCACUUGUGAUACUCGCAAGCUACGAAGAAUCAUGCCAAAACAUCGCUCGAGGCUGGUUGUUCGGCGGCAUGGCAAUGAGAGUAGCUUUUGAUCUCGGCCUCCACGUUGACAGUGCAGGAUACGUGGCUCAAGGUAUCUUGACUGUGGCCGAAGCUCGUGCAAGACAAGUAGCUUUUUGGGGCUGCUAUCUUUCAAACUUGCUUUGGAGUUUCCACCUUGGUCGUCCUUUCUCGCUCGAUGACAGCGAAGUGACAGUGCCAAAGCCCGAUCCCAAGACUCUGCCAUCAAAUCCUACUUGGCAGCCUUACUCAAUUCCUUCCCUUCAGUUCGUGCCUGGCGCUAUGCAACAUGAUGCUUCUCAGCUACCAGACAUUACACCACAGAUUUUCCACCACUGGAUCUUCCUUUGCCAGAACAUUGCUGUCGUGGGCCAUGCACUCUACUCGUACACAUCAAUAUCCAAACCAGCACUCCAAGAGCUCUGCGAAGAAACCACGACUGAGUUGUUCCAUUGGAAAGACUCUCUACCUCCUCAUCUUCAGAUCGACACUUCCGAUACUAGCACCGUAAAAUUACCUCAGCUGCUCAUGUUGCAUAUGGAAUACCACCACCUUCAGAUCUUCCUGCACAGACCAUGGACAAGCUCUCAAUUACAACCACAGCCCUUGCAAGGAGCAGGUGUACAUCAUGCCCGCCAUGUGUGCGCUACUUCAGCAACGGAGAUCGCUCGUCUCCUCCGCAUCUACGAGAAUCAAUAUACCUUCCGCUUCAUCAACGUCGAGAUUAUACGCAUACUCUCUUCAGCAGCACUGAUCUUGAUCUUUGCCACCGUACCAUUACCACAUAGAGAAAUUGAUGUCGAGAUGACCGGAUACCUCAACACAUGUUUCCGAGCACUGGAAGAUCUUGGUGGAAGGUAUGAUUCAGCAAAGGAGACGAGGUGUACGCUUUUGGCUAUACAGAGAAGAUGGAAUGAUCUCUAUGGUAGGAAUACAGGACAGAAGAGAGGACCUAGCAUGAGGGGCUCCACAAGUCAAGGCAAGAGGGUCAGAGGAGGCCCUUUAUAG